UAAAAGCGAAGAGGUCAACUCGUUUAACGUUGAUUUGAGGCAAAAUGAGCUAUGUGACAAAUCGUGCACGACCGUCAAAAGUUGUUGAUAAUUUAAAGUUUUCACGGCCUCGAUCGCAAAGUCCAACUUUAGCUGACAGAUAUGUGGAUAGGAUCUCAGGUAUUUGUAGGUCUAUUCCUUAAGAAUUCACAGACUUUAAUAGGCCCUAGUUAAUAUCCAUAAAUACCAUAUAAACAUUGUGUUGCCAUAUGAAACGAGUUCGUGCCCUCUAUAACAAUUGAUAGUCUGUUUUUUAUCACAUGGAUGCUGAAAGCAACUUGAAAUUUGAUAUCUGGUGUUUUCUAUUAUGUGUACAAUAUUGUCUAUAGAUUGGCUGGGCUGCAAUCGUUAUGCUGUUUGAUUACAGUCUAAAAGCUUUGUUGACAUAAUUCUGCAUUUUGAACAUUUGACAGUUCGCUUCGAAUUCGUGCGAGGCAUGCUUCUGUAUUUUGAAGUCGAUAAACAGAUUUGGCGCUCGGCGAUAAUUUGAUUUACAAUUAGAAAAUUAUGAGCUAUUCAGACACUUGAAGUUUUAUUCAAAUGAUUGAGUAAUUGAAUUACAUAUUUUUGGCACUAAGACUCGAUUUUUUCACGAUAAUAUUUGAUAGAUCAUCGAUCAAUUUAUAUGAUCGAUAGCUUAAAAUAUUCGCCAAUAGACACGUGCAAGAUUAUUGCAAGUUUACGUUUAUAGUGCCAAAAUACAACUAUUAAAUUUAAACUCUCAAAUUAAACCAAUAUUUAAAAUAUUUUCUAAAUUUGGUUAGAUUAUUCCAAAAAGUGAUCAAAAUUUGGUCAGAUUCCAAAAACACGAAAAUGUUGUAUUUUGUCGCGAUGCUUGUAGAAUAUUGUAGAAGUCCCAAAAUGCAAAUUUUAAGGUGUUUGUUUGUAAAUGUAUUGUCUAAAAAGCGUCGUUUGUCAAGCUUCUAUGAUCAUGCUAUAUUGUUCAGGUUUAAUACGCCGCUUUCAAUAAAUUGCAAGGUCAAAUAUAAUCUGGAGAUUUAGAGUACACAUUAGGAAUUUUUGAAAAAUGAAAUGGAUUUUUUGGCCUAAUUUUCUAAAAAUGAUCACCGUCACUGUAAUCGGAGAUUGCUGCUGUUUUACAGUAUUAAAGAUUAUUUUUCAAAGCUAUUGCUUUUUUUUUGGAAACUGUGUUUGAUUUGGCAAAGGUGUUCCGCAUGUCUAUGUCAAUAUUUACAAAAAGAGUUGCCAUAUAAAACAUUUUCUAUAUAUGCUGGAAUAGUAUACGAAAUUUGUAUAAAACGUAUCUUUGUAAAAAUUGCUCAAAAUUAGACUUAUCCUAGUAGGGGAUGUUAUUAAAAAUUAUAAAUCUUAAAAAAUUAACAAAUAUUUCUCAGACUUGUAAUAUAAUAUAGCGUCUGAAAGCGUUCACCGGAUUUUAUAAUUUCCGGUUAUUAGUGCGAAAUUUAUUUUAGGAAGACGAAAUAAAUACGUCUUUAUAGCGACGAAAACUGUAUGAGAGUCGUUUUAUCAUGCCAGGAAUGCAAGAAUACUUUUGCCCGGCGACUGCAAAAAGACAGGCUUUGUAAUAGCGUAAUUUUCAAGCCAGAGUUCGUUGCUAGUAUGUCCCAAGUGUGCAAUUUAACGGCAAUUUGUUUAUAUUUACAAUUCAAAUUUUGCUAGACUCGUCUGUCCAAAGGCCUUUGUAAACAAGCUAUAUUAAAACUUACAAACAAGCAUUGUGAUAACUAUUGUCCGGUUCUAUGCGAAGAAUUGUUAGCGAAGCUUAAAGCUUCAAACUUGCAAGCAAUGUCGGACACUGACAGUACGGUCGAGGGAACAGAGUAUGAUGCGAUACGCCGUUCUGUUUCAGACCAACGAGACGCUGUCCAAAAGAAAACUUUCACAAAAUGGGUCAAUCAUCAUUUACAGAAGGUUAGUUUAUGUUUUUACUGUUUUUCUUGACGCAUUAAAUGUUACUACGAAUUGUUAUUAUUACAACGAAUUAUCCAACAGUGAUUAUAUUGUACACUCACCAUGAGGUAACAACAUACCAUUUGACUUGUUAAAUUAAAUGAAAUAUCCAAUUAUACAUUGAGGCAUGUUAUAUAAAAAAAGCGGGUAAAAGACUUUAGUUUGACAAUAUCCCUCCCCUGUAAGAUAUAUAGGGGGAGGUAGGUUGUCAAACACUUGAAAUAUCGGCCUUUUACAUGUAAGAUAGCGACAAAUUUGCUAUCAAGAUGCACAGAAACUGAUUAACAUUUGUAAACAAAACACAUGGCAUGUGUGUUCCCACGUUGCAAACGGUGCCAAAAUGUCUCUGUGGCUUUUUACUACUAAUUAUUUGUUAUACCGUAUGUAGAAAGUGGCAAUUAUGUAAUAAUUCCAUUUUUAAUAAGAAAUAUGCCUAUAUGCAUUUCACAAUUGCGUGAAUUAAUGGAAUGUUUUAAUCACACGUUGCCAAUUGCAACAGUAGCUGGCAAAUGAUGGACAUAGAAAAGGAGCCACGUGGGGGCAUGAGGGGCAUCUACUCACUUAGUGUCUUCUAAAGACAAAUUUAAGGGCAAAUAUGGUGUUCCUCCAACAGUGCUUUCAAUUUGAAUAUGUUGACAAGUCCCAUGCUGGUGAGGUCUUGCCUGUCUUUGCCUUAUUUCAAUGUUUUAAAUCCUUUAGCACAAUGUGAACUGGAUUUAUAUCAGUUCUUCCUCUCAGGACCCACAACUAUGUACCCCAGACAGGUUGAGCUGUUGGCAAAAUCUAGUUCUUAUAUUGUAAGAUAUUAUAGCAUUGACACUCCCUCCUCACUCCAACCACAUCAAAACCAUGCCUAUGCAGUUUGGCAAAAGUAAGGCCCCCACCUUUGGAGGGGCAGCAGGUGCACAAUAAACCAUUUUCCUUAGCUUGCAAACUGUCAUGAUUAUUGAAACUGUGUUUAGGUGAAUGUUGUUGUUGAGGAUAUGUACCUGGAUUUCAGAGAUGGAACAAACUUGCUACUACUGCUAGAAAUCCUUACUGAAGAAAAACUGGUAAAAAUAGUCUUGUAAUGAUUGUAUUGCAUAUUAGUUAACCUGAAGCUACCAAAGUUUGCUUCUUCUUUUAUUAGCCAAGGGAGAAAGGUCAUCUCAGAUUCCACAAAUUACAAAAUUGUCAGACUGCCUUGAAUUUUCUUGUGAGAAAACAGGUAUUUAUGAAAUAUCCUCAAAUGGUUGUGUCAGUGUACAGUAGGUAGUGACAAUGACACCAGAACACUCCAGUUUGAGAGGGAUUUAACUGCCUGAAAAAUUCAAGUGAAACUUUGAAGUUUUGAGUGGGCCCUUUAGGAACCAUUAAGAUGUAAUGACCCUAGUGCUCAAGGCAGGAAAAAAUAAUUUUCUUCCUGGGAGCACAACCCGGAGACAAAAAUUUCCUGCUGACCAACAGAGUAUUUUUGUGCUAAAUCUGCAUGUGCAUAAACAUAGAGUGUUCUAGCUGACCAUGGUUUUAAAUUCAAGGAAUAAUGUCUGUCAACCAUAUGCUGUUGCACCCAUGGUGGGACAUGGGUGUUAAGGUUUCCUUCAAAUUUUCAACAGCAAAUCUUCAUUUAAACAAAUUUCCAGCAGCUGUUUAACAUUUCCUGCAAGCAGUGCUCGCCUAUUUUUUAUUUCGAUGUGUUGUCUACCACCUACUGGUGGUAGAGUUUUCUACCACCUACUGGUGGUAGAGUUUUCUACCACCUACUGGUGGUAGACACAUCAACAUAAAAAGUACAUGGAGCACCAGCUGAUUUACCAUGCCAACACUAGUCAAGGAAAAAGUGUUGAUGAAUUUGAAUAAAAUGCAAAUGUUUUCUUGCAGGUGAAAGUUGUGAACAUUCAUCAGAAUGACAUUGUGGAUGGCAACCCAAAGAUUACUCUUGGACUUAUUUGGAUCAUCAUUCUGCAUUUUCAGGUACAAGGAAUAUCAGAUAAAUAUUCUAGUAAUUAGCCUCCUAUCUAACAGGACCUUCUAUUAUGACACCCUCUCCAAGUAUGCCCCCAGCUGAUAAUACCCCCCUUCCUCUAAUAAGCCACCCUCUCUAUUAAGCCCCCCUCUCUAUUAAGCCUCCUUUUUCUGAUAAGCUCCCUCUAUUGUAACCCCCUGUUUUACAGAGAAGAAUUUACUAAAUCCCCUCCCCCCCCUCGAACAUAUACUGAAAAGAUUUAUUGAUUUGCCUGUAUUAAAGUACAUGUCAGUUCAUUUCAGAUAGACCUGUAGUCUCCAUCUCUCCCCACUUUCUUCAAUGCUUAUGUGGACUUACCUUGAUCAUUUUGUGUGUUUAGAUAUCUGAUAUUAAAGUAAUUGGUCAAGUCGAGGACAUGACUCCAAAAGCAAAACUUCUACACUGGUGCCGCAGAGUUACCGAAGGGUAAUGCAAGAUAGAUAUCAAAUAUUAAUGACCACCUGCCUACGUUUAUUACCCUAUAUGGUUAUUUGCAGGUGGCCAGCCAUGCACAUUUGCUAACUACUUGUCAGUUCUCUUUGUUUUUAUGCUCAUUCCAUUUUUUAUAUGCAAAAUAAACGUCUCACUUGACCUUAUGUUUUCAUCUGCAGUUUCUAAAAAUAUUUCAUUUGGAUCUUUCAAAGAAUAGACAGUUCAUGUUUGAGUUCUUUUUCUAGAUAUCCACAGGUUGUAGUUCUCAAUUUUACAACUUCAUGGAAAGAUGGCCUGGCUUUCAAUGCAAUUAUACAUAGAUACAGGUAAAUCCUAGCACUAUAUAUAAAGAAGUAUUUGACUUUCUUACAGGUUUUCAUGAGGAAUAUCUUGUUAAAAUUACAGAGCUAUACUGUAGUAUUAGUUAGUACAGUUGUUUUUGUAUAGUUUUAGUUUUGUUCUUAUACUAGAUAAUAAGUCGCUGUGUAUUUAAAGACAGUUUUAAUAAUUAAUUGUAAUAUAGUCAAAAUACAUCUACAUAGAAUGUCCACUAACCAUGUAUAUUUGAAUGUUGUUUUGCAGACCAGAUCUUAUAGAUUUGUCCACUCUGAAUCGCAGCACACCAGAGCACAAUGUGAAUAAUGCAUUCAAUAUCGCUGAGAAAGAGUUGGGAGUUCCUAGAUUACUUGAUGUUGAAGAUGUUGUGACGGAUCAUGCUGAUGAGAAAUCCAUCAUGACUUAUGUUUCAUCACUUUAUGACAAGUUCCCUAGAGCUGUCGCUUCAUUUGAAUCCAGAGAAGAUGAGGUAAACAUGGAAAUUGUGAAAAUAUUAAUUAUAAAAAGUGUACUAAACUCUACAUCUUGGUGUUUGAACUACCUGAAAAAGAUAUCUCAAACGUAAACGUCUAGUGUAGGCAGUAUUCUACAAUAAUUAAGCUUCGAUGGUUUGGGUUUGAACUACCUGAAAAAGAUAUCUCAAAUGUGGAGGUCUAGUGUGGGUAGUAUUUUACAAUAAGCUGCCAUGGUUUGUGUCUGUGAAAGAUAUCUCAAAUGAGGAAGUUCUGUCCAAAAGUUGCCAGCCUACUACUUUGUCAUUUUCUUCAGGAGAAAGUUUUAAAAUAUGAAGAAUAUUGCAAAUACAGCGAGGAGCUCGUUGUUUGGAUAAAAAGAGUCAUGAUCCAGUUGGAGAGUCGAACAUUUCCUACAACUAUCCAAGGAAUGAAGGUAGGUCGUGUUGGCGUGAUGUGAAUAAAAGCCAGAAUUUAUGUCUUCACUCUACGUGUAACGCUGUUACCGUUGUACAACCUUGGCUAACCUUACGACAGCUCAUUUAUUUGUCGUUGAAAACGAAUAACAAAAUACGCAAGAAGACGCUCCAUUUAUUUUCCAGGAUGUCAUUCAAGAUUUUGACCAGUUUUAUUCAGAAGAGUUCAGUCGACUAGAAGAGAAACGAAACUACGUGAAAGAAAUUGUCAGAGAUCUACAUGUAAGUCAUGUCAUUGUGACCAUGAACGUAGACACGUAAAAAUCUCACAACUUGUCAACAAGAUGUGUCCGCCACAGGCUUGUAGCAAGCUUGUCAACAAGCUGUAACAAUGCUGUUAUUUUAUCAAGCUGCUAGAAGGUUGUCACUUAGAACUUGUUGAAUUGCAGGACGAUAACAAGUUGUUGGAACAACUUGUAACAAGUUUGUUGAACUCAACAAACUUGUAGCAAGUUGUCAACAAGCUGUUUUUUUGUUCAACCGUUUUUUCUACUAGGCGUUUUAUGGUCCGAUGUCAAGUUGGUUGGAGUUUCCUCAAGGAUGUCAUCCUAGGGACAUUGAAGUGGUAAGAUACUAGGCAGGAACGGUUACUGUAAUUAGGGUAAAUAUUGCCGACAUUUAAUUCUAGGUUUCUUUUAUAUAUUUCUUGUUUCUUCUACGCAGCUUUGGUUACGUCUGUUGCGGUGCAUUGAGGAACGUGGAGGGACACUCCGGGCUGAAAUGUCAAGGUACUGGCAAGUUCAACACUUUACCAAUGGCCAGCUUUCUCAACGCAAAAGUAAUCUUAUUAAGCAUCAUAUUCAUUUCUAUUGUCCUAUAGAGUACAAAAAGUUUAUCAGCUGGCAGACCAGAUCAUUCAUGAGGUUCGUUUUAUUUCCAUUCUAUUCCGCGUAUUUUAUGAAGUUCAACUUUAGAAAUACUAUAUCAAGAUCAUCAAGCAUUUCAUGUAUUUUUAAAACAUAGGCUGAAGAAAUGGAGAAAACGUUGCCGCAACUUGAAACAAAAGUAACGGAGGUUAGUUUGUCUUAUCCCAACACAGUGAAGUGAUGGUGGGUUACCGUGACUGGGGUUAAAUAUCGAAAUCUUACUUUUUCUAGGAAGAGCGUGUUUGGAGUACUCUCGAUGUACGCGUUGCCCACGAGCGGUUUAGAAACUUGGAAGUCACAUUGAAGGUAAUGUAUUCUUCUACUAAAAUUUGAUGAAUUGUUAGCGUCCUGACGUGAUUCUUCAUACACAGUUACUGCUGUUACUUGCAAGAUUUAGUCAUCUUCUGUCUGUUGCAAGAUUCACUUUUCUGUUGUAGAUAUUUGAAGACAAGCUGUACAAGAUUUAUCAAAAUUUCGAAUAUCUCAUCACGGGUCAUUAUCAAGGUCUGGAAGAAAUACGAACAAGGUAAGGAGAGUUUUCCCUUGUUGGACGUCCGGAGAGACAUUUUAAAACUGAUAUAGAGCUAUCCAGUAUAAAUACAAUUAGUUUACUUUAGGUUUCUUCCUGUAGUAACACUGAAUUGUUUCUCUAGAAUUAAUCAAAUCCAGACACGAUGGAAAGUUCUGUUAAGCCGAGUGUCCAAGUUCAAUGUUCAGUCUUCAAGGCAAUUCAUGCAGUUUGAUGUCUCGUCACAUGAGAGAAAAACUAAAGCUGAUUGGGAUGUUGAACCUGACUCAACUUCAGAGAAACGACAGAGAGUUAUUUCACCUCUUAAAUUUUCCAACAUUCAAAAAGUUUCCAAGAAAACUCUGCAGCAACAACGAGUACCUUUACCGGAAAUCUCUAAGACUGCAGUCAGUCCUGUUCAGUCCUCGCUCGAGGUCACACUAAAUGGUAGUUCUCCCGAAAGCAAGAAACUAGGUCAUGUUAAUGUGAUUUUGAUUGUUGUUAAGGAGAAACUGGUAAGGAAUUACCCUGGGUUCCAGAGGAACUUGUGGCACCUAGUGUAGUAAGGAAUCUGCUGGUGUAGAAAGUAUGUUGUAGUACGUGUUUUGUAGUGCAGGAAACCCAUAAGGGAAACUUAUGAAAACCCAUAAGCGUUCCAGAGCAUCAGAUUGUGAUCAGAAAUGUUGAGACUUGUAGGAGGAAAUUUCUGCCUCUUAAUUCUAUUUGUUUUCCUUCAAAUACAUGUCAUGAAAAAGAUUAACAGUGUCUUCUCAUUGUAUCCAUCUGCUGAUAGUGCUUCCAUUUAGUGAAUGCCACCUGUUGAUUUACCACUCUACCUUUCUGCAGCAAGAAAUCCAGGAUGCUUCCUAUGGCCAGGAUGUGAGCUCAGUUGAACAACUGUACAAAGAACAUCAGAGUAAACACAAAGAAAUCAUGAAAUUGAGGGAGGACGUAGAAAAAGCAUGCAAAAGCGAUGCUGAACCAAAUUCCAAGCAGCCAACAGCCGAGCUCAAACAACUUUUUACAGAACUUGUGGUAAGUUUUACCUUAUGUAUGUAUAAAUAUCAGAGGGAUUGAAGUUCUUAAAUUGUACUGGAAUGAUUAUUUGUUUUGUUUAUUUUAGACGCUCUCUGUUCAAAGGACUCGUAAUUUACGAAGUCUGCUGACGUUCAUGAGCGAAGCAACGAAAGAACUCAUUUGGAUGAAUCAGAAAGAGGAGAUUGAAACGUUAAGGGACUGGGGCGAGCAAGAUUUGAAUGUGGAGGAAAUUGAAAAAUAUAGAAAGGUAGAGAUGUGCUAGGAGACGGUGGGGGAGUUGAAGAAUAUAGAAAGGUAGAGAUGUGCUAGGAGGCGGUGGGGAAAUUGAAAAAUAUAGAAAGGUAGAGACGUGCUUGGAGGCGGUGGGAGAGUUGAAGAAUAUAGAAAGGUAGAGAUGUUUUAAGAGGCAGUGGGGGAAUUGAAGAAUAUAGAAAGAUAGAGGUGUGCUAGGAGGCGGUGGGAAAUUGAAAAAUAUAGAAAGGUAGAGAUAUGCUAAGAGGCGGUGGGGGAAUUGAAGAAUAUGGAAAGGUAGAGAUAUGCUAGGAGACGGUGGGGGAGUUGAAGAAUAUAGAAAGGUAGAGAUGUGCUAGGAGGCGGUGGGGAAAUUGAAAAAUAUAGAAAGGUAGAGACGUGCUUGGAGGCGGUGGGGGAGUUGAAGAAUAUAGAAAGGUAGAGAUGUUUUAAGAGGCAGUGGGGGAAUUGAAGAAUAUAGAAAGAUAGAGGUGUGCUAGGAGGCGGUGGGAAAUUGAAGAAUAUAGAAAGGUAGAGAUAUGCUAAGAGGCGGUGGGGGAAUUGAAGAAUAUGGAAAGGUAGAGAUAUGCUAAGAGGCGGUGGGGGAAUUGAAGAAUAUAGAAAGGUAGAGGUGUGUUAGGAGGCGGUGGGGGAAUUGAAGAAUAUAGAAAGGUAGAGAUGUGCUAGGAAGCGGUGGGGAAUUGAAGAAUAUAGAAAGGUAGAGAUAUGCUAAGAGGCGGUGGGGGAAUUGAAGAAUAUAGAAAGGUAGAGAUGUGCUAAGAGGCGGUGGGAGAAUUGAAAAAUAUAGGAAGGUAGAGAUGUGCUAAUAGGUGGUGGGAGAAUUGAAAAAUAUGGAAAGACAGAGAUGCGCUAAGAGGCGGUGGGGGUAUUGGAAAAUAUGGAAAGGUAGAAGUAUGCUAAGAGGUGGGGGUAUUGAAAAAGGUAGAGGUAUGCUAAGAGGCGGGGGAGGUGACUAUGGCGGGUUGAUAGCUGUAUAUUCUUCGUUUCUUUAGGAUUUUAAAACCGAGAUUGAAAUGCAUGAAAUUGAACAGAGAUCAGUGAUAGGCAAGGGUGAACAUAUGUUGAAGUCUGGUCAUCCUGCGCCACACUCAAUUGAGGUUGGUGUUGUACACUAUGUAUCCUAGAUAUGAAAGGCUUUUGCCUUACCCCUCCGCGAAAAUGAACAUACGAGUCAUUAAAGAAUCUUGUGUCUUGUUCUCGUAUCUUGAGUUCAGAAGAUGUCUACCGUAUUUUCGUAUGGUAUGUUUUCUCUUAUAUUUCGAGAAAUUGUCUGCCGGAAAAGGAUCUUACACCUCUCUACCAAGUUUUGAUCAGAGAAGAAUUUGACUCUACCAAACAGCGCACGUUUUCUCUGGGUACUCUGGUAACACUAGACCGUUGAGAGGUGGACGUCUGGACCUCUAGGUAGGACAAAAACGUUACCUUCAUAUAUUUUUGCAGGCUUAUGUGACGUCACUUCGUCUUCAAUGGACCUGGGUAGUUGAACUGUGUCGGACGUUAGAGGAACAUCUCUUGAAUGCGCAUGCGUAUUACCAGGUUUGUAGAUCCUUUACCUAGUUCAAGUGAACUGUGGCAUCAUGGGGUAUCCAGAUUGUUUGUGUUUUAUGAACCCUUUAUAAUAAUAAAAAAAGAUAAGAAAGUUCUACAGCUAUGUGUGGAGAUCAAGGGAUCAAGCAGUUCUGUUGUUUCUAGUUUUACUCCGAAGCGAAAGAGAACAAGUUAUGGAUGACUUCAAAAACUGAAGAACUGAGAAAACUUUCUGAAAGAAACCACAACGAGAAUGCAGAGAUGAUAAGAACAUGGAAGGAAUUGAUGGUAGGUAACGUACAAUAUCUUGAACUUGCUUGAGUGAGACAAUAGUGCAGCUGUAUUGUCAGCCUCGUUUUCAACCUAUUGUUUUGUGUACACUCAAGUCUUCAUUUAAAACACGGAGAACCAUCAGUACAUAAUUAUAUGCGGUACAACGUGUUUGAAAAUAUGCGGUAGAACGUGUUUGAAAAUGUACAUGUAUUACACAAAAAAAAUACACUGUAGGUAUUUCGUAGGUGCUAAUUUGGUUACAGGACACUGCCUACACUAGAGCAACAAGCACUUAACUCUUAAGAGAGUGUAAUUAAAAUCAGUCUAGUAUAGGUUUAGUUGAUUAGGGUAAUACAAUGUGUGGAAUUGACUUAGUGAGGUGAGGUUUCGCGCUGUUUACGAACCUUACGGCCAGGUAUACGCAUUUUGGAAAGGCCUUACUCUUUAUCGAAACCUAAGCCCCGCGGCUAAUCACCGGAUCCGCUCAACCAGAUCAAAGUACUAUAGUACUUGGAUGUAUAGAAAGAUGAAAUAGUAGCAAAUCAAAUCAGGUUUCGAGCUGUUUUUCCCUGUAUGGAUAGAAAUGAAGAAAUCGUUUUGUGUGAACUGCAAGCAAUAUUUGCAUACUUUAUUUCUUGACUUCGUCAAUUAUAUUGACUUCUAUCUAUAUAUUUAAGUGUUUGACCCUCAAGCAGCAUAAUUUAAUGAUAAUACCAACCGAACAACACUGGAUUCUUGCAAUCUUUUGCAUUCACGUACAGUAUUAGUCAAUUUGCGGUCGGGGAUUAAACGUUGAGCAAUUUGUACAAACAACAAUUCAUGCUGUAGCUGUCUCUUUUCACCUGCUGAUGUGGUUUUCUUUUGUCAACUGGUUUGAAUAUUGACCCGUGGUGUGACGGCGACUAUUCAUUUGAAUUUUAAAUUUUUCUUAAUGUGGGGUUAUUAUAUGUAACGAACAAUGCCGUUUACAUAAAACUAGCGUGCAUAUAAUUGCAACUUUAAUUUGCACGUGGAGAAAAGUCGCCAAUUAAGUACAUUUAGAACGGCGAUUUGUGUUCGAAAAAUAAUUGGGAAGAAUCGCGGAUGUACAAUCAUGGGUUACUGGAUCUUUGGCGCCAAUUGAAGACGGAAAUUUGAAACAGAUUGUCGAUAAGCACUUACAUUGUGACCUGAUUGUUCGUGUCAUUUAAUGUUUGUAUUUAUUACGUCGACUUGUAUGUAAUCUAUAUCCUUUGCCAUGUGCGGAUUUAUAGAUGAACUUUUUUUCUACCAAGAUAUAACUGGAUUAAUCUUUUGGCUGCCUUUCGUUGACCCUUACCAGAACAUGACUCGUGUUUUGUCUUGGAGAUAACGUUAUUUAUUGUACAGUUAUGUCUCAAGAGAGUUUAACAUUGCAAGAAAAUGUUACACUUAGCCUAGUGGGAAUUGGUAUUGCAUUGUUGUUUUUAUUAUGUACAUUAUAUCAAUCCACGAUUUCUGUGAAGCGGAGAAAUGCAUCGAAACGUAAGCAAAGAUCAAGUGAGGCACAGGAAAAUUCUGAUGAAGCAUAUAAACCGUAUUGGUUGUGGGAUGUCACGGGGUAUCUGCGUUACCCUAGAAGGUUCGUAUUUGCCCUUUCGACUUCCGAAGUAUAUUUCACAUUUCGACGUCUAAUCCCUUGUUUAUUCUACAGAAUAUGGCAAAAAUAUCGCUACGGCCGCGUUCUUCCUGGCAGCUCACCAAAACACAUUAACAGCAUGGCUUCAGAUUCGUUCCCGCUUACAAGACUUGUGCCUACGACGGAUCUUGUUGUAGCUUAUUCAAAAGAGUUUGUAAGCGAGUUUUCUAGCUCGCCUAGACCCAAAGGGAAACGUAGUCGUUAUGCUCUAUUACUUAAAAGCGCUACUCCCGAAGCGAAAGCAGAUAUCGAGCGAUAUUUUGGGUCUGUAGUCGAAGAUAUUUUAAGCGUGAGACAGGUCAGUUCAUUUGUUUACAUUAUGUUGUCUGGGGCGGUCACGCUUUGUCCGUUUUCAUUUUCCGGCCAGAUUGCGUUGCUUUCCUGCUGGAUCUAAGCUUAAUCACUGUCAAAUUAUAACCAUUAUAACUUAUAUUUUAAUUUUUUAUCAGGUAUAUGCUUUCCUAGUGUUAUUUUAACUCAAGCAAAAGGUUAUCAACAUUUGUCAACAACGUUGUCAAUUUCGUAAUUUCUUAGAUUUCAUGUGUCACUUUCACCCCAGACGAGCUACAGUAAAAUUAUCAUUCACUCGAUUGCUUAAUUGUAGUUGUGUAAUUAUCCAUGUAAUGAUAGAAAAAAAUGUACUUUUUGUAAUAAAAUCAAAACCACGACUUUUUAGUUUGUAGAUUCCAUCAGUAGAUUGUGCAGUGGUAUUUAUAAUCAUUCUGUAAAUGUAUAUGUUUAUUAUUAAUCGACGCAAUAUGGCCAAUUUUUGAACAUAUGUUUAUUCUUAUAUUUUGGCUUUGUUAUACAUUGUAUUGAACUUGAAAUGUAAAUAAGGCAAUGUUCAAUAUAUUAACAAAUAUAUUAGCAAAUUCCAUUAUUUAAGUGUAGAUUUUUUAUGAUUUUCUUUGAAAUUUGUACAGUAUUGUACAUUUCAGUACGAAUUAUUAAUUGUAGUAAAAUAAAUAUAUAAUUUGCAUAUAUAAUAUCUGUUUGGCAUUUUGAUUAUAUUUAAAUAUUCCAUUUUCCUUGGGCAGAUACAUUAGUGUUCCAUGAUGGCUUGUUGACACAUGUGUGUUUUUACAUCAAAGUUGUCACCUUAAUGGAUUUAUUUAAAUAUAAUGUUUAUUUUUAUCUAUAUAAGGUCUACAAAUAUAUACAAUUACAAAAAUAUGUCCAUUGUUUAAUAUAAAUGUGUGUGGUUAUUGUGGUAUGCACUGUUUGUUCCAACAAAACCACAGUAAAUAAAAUUGCAAUUAAUACAGAGUAAAGGGCUCUGGUUUGGACUAAUAAUGAUGGUACUUGGAGUUGGUGGUGCGAUGAGAGGGGGGGGGGCUACAUAGCUUCAACUAUUAUUUUUCAUGUCUAUGCAUUUAUAUGGAUAAUGUUUAUUUCAACAACAGGAAACUGGAUGAAAGAGAGAUAUGGUUGGUUUUGGGAUUUUAAGCUCUCAGGCUCUCAGAGAAGUCCUGGUUUUGAGUGGACAGUUUGAAGCCACAGAGUUAUAAACCUGUAGUGUACACUGUAUUCAUUAAAAUUGUUAUUUUUUUCCUUUCUAGGAACUGAAACAAGAGUUGGUUAACAGACACGACAAGCUGAGCUCGUUGAAGCUUCUUGGGAAAAGAGUGGUUCCAUUAAAACAACGAUCAAGACCGAUCACAUCAGAAACUCCAGUGCAAACAAUAUGCGACUACAAACAGAUGCAGGUAGGCAUUGUUAAAUUGAUAAAUGCAUAGAUGUCCCCACGUUGCCAUUGAGUUGCACUACAAAAAUUACUGACGUUUAAUUGUUUGUUAUAGCAUGAAGUGAAGCAAGGAGAAAAAUGUACUUUACUGGAUAACUCACAACAACAGAGCUGGAAGGUUAGUUCUAUAUCAAGACCUAACUAUAGCAUACCUUUUACCAUACCAUACCAUAUACCAUACCAUAUACCAUACCAUAUACCAUACCAUACCAUAAUAAAAACAAAAAUACAUAAUAAUAAACUUUGCAGGUAUUGACAAGCCAUGGUAAAGAAUGUGUUGUACCAUCUGUGUGUUUUGUUAUUCCUGCACCAGAUAUGGAAACCAAAGAUUAUAUGACAAGGUACUGCAGUUUUUGUUUAACUUUUCAAGAUGGAAUUUUUAAAAUAUUCUCUGUCAAAUAGAAAUUAAUGAUUAUGUUAUUUGACAUCUGUAGCCUUGAAAUUGAAUACAAACAUUUAUUAACAUCAUGGAAGGCUAACUAUUCGUCACUUCGUCGAACUUUGAAAACUCAAGAAGUAUCCUCCAAUGUAAAAAUCCUGGAACUGCCAGAAAAGGUUUGUAUCAUGUUAACCCAUUAAACGCCAGCACUCUCCCCUUGACGAGUAAAAUCGUCUGGCAUUAGACAGAGUAAAAUAAUAAAGUAGGGCGCAUCAGGGUGCAAUGCAACUCAAUGGGUUAACACCCAGCUUGAUCCCAGUAACCUAUCCUUUCACCAACGCCAUGCUAACCCUUAUCCUUAAUUGCAACACUAACCGAACCCUAUUCCUAAAUUUAAUCGAACAUUGACUCUCACGCUAACCCUAAUUAGACCAAUUCUGAUACAUUGAAAUUUUUCCCAGGUGAAGCUCCCCAACUUAAAUGACUCGACAAGCGAAGAUUUUGAAAGAUUAUUGAAAGAAGUGAGGGAAUGUGAAGAUCUGGACUUUGAUUUGGAUUCUUCAACUAGCACAGCCAGCCAGCCAAGCUUAGUUGAAGAACCCAUGAUAAGAAGUCAAGAUGAUGUCCGAACCUUUGCCGAGAGUCCCGCCAGCCAGCCAGCUGAUUACUCAAAUGGCCAGGUAUGUUGGGUUUCACCCAUAGAAAUAAUAGUCUAAUAUUUCUAUGGUUUCACCAUAGUCGAUUCUGAGAGGUUUAAAAUAAACAGUUAUUCUAUUCCAAUCUCGAAUGGUCAUUGCCAGUGUGGGUAGCAAUGUGAGCAGUCUUUAAGGAACAUUAUUGCAUUCACACUUGUACAUCAUACUUGUAGUUUAAAAUUAUUUUUACUUCCUAGGAAUCUGCCAUCGAUAACUUACUUCACUGGGUUGAAGCGACAGAAAAGAUUUUAAAAUCAAAAUCACGAAAUGUUCCUUUGGAUAUUGAUGCUCUAAACAACGAGUUGCAAGAAAUUAAAGUUAGUACAGAGGUUUUGCAAAGAUUGGUUGUGUCAAAAAUUAUUUAAUAAUUUUUAAUUUUCUUAAAAUUUCUGAGAAUUUUGAAAUUAAAAAAAAAUUUUUUUUUCAAAUUUUAAAUUUCUGAGAAUUUAUUUGCAUAACAUUUUCUGAGUCAAAUGCGUUCUUUCAUCCAGGAAAUUCAGACGGAACGGUUGUUCAAAUGGGAGCCCGAGUAUGAGACCUUGCAAGAUAAAAGAUUAAGUGAUCCUGUUUUGUUGGAGAAAUAUGAAAAAUUACAAAAGAAGUGGAAUGGUACUUGCCACAGACUUGAAGAUCAUCAAAAGAGGUUUGUUAUCAGACAUAAGUCGGUUUGAACACAGUUAUUUUAAUAGAUGGUUUGGAGACUUGAUGAAAGUACAAUAUAACUCAUUAUAACUAUGUUAUUGUCCAGCUUUAUGUAAGACUUUGGUCCUAUCUCGUGUAUUGUAUUUUCGCUCAAAUAACCAAUAACAAGUUUGUAGUUGAUUUAUCCAUCCGUAACUUGAACAAAUGCUCAAAUUAAACAUUGCUAUUGGUUGUGCGGGAAAAAAUUAAGUUAAUGAGUUGUAUUGUACUUUCAUCGAGUCUCCAAACCAAGUAUUCUAUUAACUGUGGUUUGAAUGAUGUAACAUACAGUAGGGCUGUAGUAAGUUUUGUUUUUUUAUUGUAGGGUGGAAUUAUUGCAUACUGUUGUCGAGCUCGUUGUUGAUCUGGAAAAAUGGAUAACUCAUGUUGAGGACGUUUUAAGCCACCAACCUGGAUUGACAAAGCAAUCUGAAGAGUUACAUCAACAAUUGAAACAACUGAAGGUACAUAUGAAUUCAAAAUGAAUAACAGCGCCAUCGUGUCAAUAUGUAAUCUAACUUUUCUCUCUAGGAAAUUCAGACAGAUAUGCAGCCACGACGCGAACGUAUUUAUCAAUUAAAACAAGCUUCUCUGAAACUCGCAUCACCUGAAUGUGAACAUGCAGCUAAUGUCAUCACAAGAUGGGAGAAAUUAAGCACUGAGAUCCAGGCUAGGUCAGGAAGAUUGCAAGCCGCGGUCGAAGCUCUGGAGAAUUAUCAGGCAAUGUACGACACUGAGGCAUUGUGGGUCACACAGAUGGAGGAAUUGCUGACGUCAGAUGAACUAAAAAGGAUUUCUGGAGAAGUGAGCGAGAGCAAAUUGCAGCGGUUGUCAGCUUUUUUCUCCGACGUACGAAAACAUGGCAAGAAUAUCGAGACAGUUGUUUCUCAGGGAAACGAAUACGUAUUUGACAGUCAGGUACCAACUAGAAACCUUCUUUCAUUCAUUAGCCAGGAUAUUCAUUAACUAGGGCUUUCAUUCUUAAGAAAAUCCUUUAUCUCUUAGUGACUAUGAUCUUUGUGACUAUAUGUCUUAGUGAAUGGCAAGUAUGUUAAUUUCCUGUGGGCAUGAGGCUGCCCCUUUAACUAAUGGUGUACCACGCACGUAAAAACGCACAAGUUGUAACAAACCUGCAGCACUUGUAGCAAUGCUGUUCCAACAACUUGUCAUCAGGAUGUGUUCGCACUGCUUGUUCCCAGCUUGUUGACAAUUUGCUACAAGGUUGUUGAGCUCAACAGACAACUUGUUAUCGUCCUGCAAUUCAACAAUUUGUCAACAAGUUGUGAGUGACAGCGUUGUAGCAACUUGAUAAAAUAACAGCAUAUUGUUACACGUUGUUGACAAGCUUGCUAUAAGCCUGUUGCGAACACAUCUUGUUGAGAAGUUGUGAGAUUUUUUACGUGUAUAGCCCUUGUUGAUGAUAAUGGUGUGCCCAGGUUGAAGCUCUGAGGUCUAAUUAUUUUUUGGUAUGUUAAUGUAGGACUUUGAAAACGCAUUGAAACGUUAUGCUAAAAGUGCUCAAAAUCCCCCAGACGAUGCAACGUUUGAGGAAGCGAGCGCAGCCCGAGAUGAAAUUAGGAACCAUGUAGAGUCCAUCCAAAGUAGGUACCAGGCUCUUCAACUGCACGCGGACGACACACGCGACCGGAUAUCACGUGCCAUGGAAGAGAAUGGCGUCAGCCAUCCAGAAAUCGAAGAUGAGACGACGAGAUGGAAUUCUAGUGUACAGCGGUUAUUAGACUGGGUGGAGUCGCAAGAGGAGUCGUUAGCCAAUCAGAGCGCACCGUCGUUGGAUAAGACUGAACUCCGAGAACAGCUGGACAAACACAGAGUAAGUCGUUUCAUUUUGUUUUGUGAAGAUUUUGUUGAUGGCUUUCAGUAAGUGUUACGAAAUUUGACUCUUCUAGACAUUUCUUACAAAUUCUUCGAAUUUACCGAUGCAAUAUUUCUACUGUGAUUACAGAAACUUUGUAGCACACUUUGUACCAGGAACUUAAUUGCUGAAUUCUGGCCUCGACCAGAGUACAGUUGGGUACAUGGGUUGCAUACUGAUUGAAUUUUAUUAUAUAAUCAGAAUAUUAAUUGACUUGAUUUGAAUCUUUCUGUGUUGGUGUAAUGUACUCAGGUGAAUAUGAUGUUUGUGAUGUUACUCUGAGUGUAUAUCCACACCGGGCAAGCUUGAAAAAUAUGCCUGGCCACGGUGGGAAUCGAACCUACCAAAAUUGACUUAAUUCGUUUAAAGUAUUACAAUGGACAAAUUUAGUAAUUAGAUAUUUUGUUUCAAUAUUUUUACCGCCAAUGAGAUCGCAUUACAUCACGCAAACGAUGGCUGCACGUGCUUACGUCACAGCAGGUCGGCCCAGCAGAAUCUAAAACUCUGCAGUGGUAAAAAAUAUCUCAAAAAAACUUUGAUGUCUCGCUGGUCAGCAAGCUAGUUUGCUUGAGACAUCAGUCUGUUUUUAAUCUUUUCCAACAUUGAGAUUUUAGUUAAUUACUGCAGUACAUGAGGCAUCAUUAAAGCUCCACUUGCAUAUAUGUACAGGCACAAUUAAGACUUUUAAAUUUUAAACAAUGUUUAAGGUAACAAACUCGAAAGUAAAGUACAUUUUUGCUGGCGAACGUUCAAACUUUUAAUAGUUAAAAAAAAUUCCGCUCGCGGUCACAAAAACUAAUGAGGCUUGUUAUUGCUCAAUGAUACAAUAUUUCUCAAUGAUACAAAGGCCAACAUGUUGCAAACAUAACCCAUGUAUUUAUAUAACUAGCAGUCCAAUACUAACCAAAGUAUAAUAUAUCAUAAAUAUUGUUGCAGUCAUUGCGGUUUGUACGUGGACACUCUUUAUAGGUCUUUGUCUAGGCAGAUGUUUGGUCACGCGGGCCAUGCAUUUAUGUCAUAUUUGAACGUCUACUGCUCUUCUAGAAUGGCCAUAUUACUCCACUCAACCUUUAAAAAUAUACAUAUUUAUUCACUGAUGCAAAACGUUUGAAGACAAACAUAUUAUUUCGAGGUUUCCUAUUUAAUCGGGUUUCAUGGAGUAAGUGUGUGUACGAGGUCAGUUUGAGCGUUUUUCAUGCAUUCUUGAUCUUUGAAGUAUCGACAAACUACUUCACGCACUAUGCGGUUUCCUCUCCUGUGUUUUGUGCCUAAAUUUUGACUAUAAUUUAUGCAUAUCUCAUUAGAGAAGCAUUGAAUUGACAGGAAUGUACGAUAAUAGCUCACGAAGAAGUCAGAAGCGUGCAACAAUGGCAGCUAGGUUUGUAAAAUUACGUUUUCUCUUCUAUAGAAACUUUCCAAAGAUGUCUUAGCAAGCCAACAGCCUGUAGAGAAUACCUUGCGGCAAGGUCGGAGGUUUUUGGAAGGUAAUACAGACUAUCUUCCGACCUCUGCCCGUACUCAACUCGAUACGAAAAUGGUGAGCUUGGAAAUACGUUGGAUGCGACUACAGCGCGAGUCUGACAACCGCUACCGAAGACUGGUCGUGAUCCACGAGAAGUUAUCAACGUUUGAAGAGGUUCUACAUCCGUUUGUUGUAAGUAGAACAUUUAAUCUAUCUUCUUGUUGUCAUUUACCCGCUUAUGUCACAUUAUUAUACCUACAGUCACAUAAUUGAACCCUAAAGACCAUUGUUUUACUACUGUCAUCAGCGUUAUAGAUAUGAAAGAAAGGCCGUUCCUUAAUCGGCUUUGAUGUGGCGAGAUUAUGCUUUGAUUCCCUUUGAACUCAUUUCGUAUAUGAAUUAAGCAAAUUUUAAUAUCUCAAAAUGUCAGUUAGCAUUUAGACAGGGUGUAUUCAUAUUCAUUCAUGGGAACAUGUGUUUUCCUGUGCGUGGGUCAAGUGCCUGAAAUCUAGGGCAUCAAAAGUGAGGUGUUAUUUUUCUUUCAAAAAGUUCAUAUAUAUUGUACGAUUUCUUCAAUCUAAUAUAUGCAAAGGCCAAGCCAUGGCCUUACAGACUCCGAAACCCUGCUGUGUUAUUAUCCUCGAGAAAUCUUUGUGCACUGUGAUUGGUUCAGUAUCAAAUAUUGUAAAAACACACACACAGCAUUUGGGCAAGUCACAGCAUCGUACUGUGACCCUUAAUUGUUCUGUUUAUGCAGUUUUUGCUGUAGCCGUAUAAUCUAUGCAUGUGAUUGUGUGCUAACUUGCUGCUUAUUCCCUCCUUCAUGUUUGUUUAUGUUUGUUUUGAGAAACGAGCCGCUUAACCACACGACCGACCGCAUUGUUUGGACAAGAUUAAAGAUUAAACCCUCGAAAAAAACUUACCAACACUCCCCCUUGCUCCCUACCAGGCUGACUGUCGUGAGGCUGGACUAUACCAGCCGUGUGACUGUCGCAAAGUGAAACUAAACUGCAAAGUUAUUUAGUUACAAUCUGUUAUAAUGAAGAGGAUAUAUGCAACUAUGUUCAGCGUGGGAAGAUAAAGAGUUUGUUUACUUCAUGUGACUUGAAGCUUGACCAAUUUAAUCCUACAUGACGAACUUAUAAUAAAAGUGAAAGAACCUCUGCUCAAAGGAACUAUUUUUAGCCUAAAUAAACGGAAAGUGUGAUUUUGUGUGAGGUGUAACUUCUUCUGUGUUGCGCACUUGCAUAAUUUAAGGCCUUAAUUAACAAGUAAAGCUGCUUGCAUAUUAAGUACAAUUUAAAGGAUUAAGAGACACAGAAUAGCAGUCCAGUUUAUUUUAUUCAGUCGCUUGUUUCUUCUUGUCUCCUUUAAGAAACUAGUUGAAACGAACAAUGUUUAUCGCCAGGAAUCCCACGUUUGAGAUAACUUUUUCAGGUAGUUCAGACACAAACCACGACAGCUUAUUGUAGAAUACUACUUACACUGAACCACCACGUUUGAGAUAUCUUUUUCAGGUAGUUCAGACACAAACCACGACAGCUUAUUGUAGAAUACUACCUACACUGGAACACCACGUUUGAGAUAUCUUUUUCAGGUAGUUCAGACACAAACCACGACAGCUUAUUGUAGAAUACUACCUACACUGGAACACCACGUUUGAGAUAUCUUUUUCAGGUAGUUCAGACACAAACCACGACAGCUUAUUGUAGAAUACUACCUACACUGGACCACCACGUUUGAGAUAACUUUUUCAGGUAGUUCAGACACAAACCACGGCAGCUUAUUAUAGAAUACUACAUACACUGGAUCACCACGUUUGAGAUAUCGUUUUCCGAGUUAGUUUAGACACAAACCACGACAGCUCAUUGUAGAAUACUACCUACACUGUAAAGUUUGAGAUAUCACCUUGUAAACUGUUCGCUUUUUCCUAACAUCUCGUGUCUAGGCAUGGCUGGGUCGAGCAGAGAAACAAGCAGAUGCCAUAAUGACCGAGGGCUCAGAUCUGGAUACGGUCGAGGAGAGAAUGGCACGUCAUAAGGUACGAUCAAAUGACCUCGAGGUAAUUCCCGGAGUGACUAUCUUUCCGAGAACUCCUUUGUUUAAAUUCACGCAAAGCUGGCUUAAGUGAAUGAACAGAUUACAUUCUCGGAUUUCUCGACUAAAACUCAAUCAUCUUUCGAAUAAACGAUUCAGACAGCAUUCUUGAGCAAAAAACAUAACCGUUUUAAAACUGGCGUUUAAUGGCGUAUUGACGAUGUAAAGUACUUUCUUCCUUUCACAGAUACACUUAAUUAUUCACUACUAUUUCUUCAAAAGCAUAGUGCAAAAAAAUAUAAUGACGGACAAAGAUUGAGUUUCAAAGCUCAGUUUAAGAUUGAUGUUUUACUGGUAGAGUAGUCACUUGUAUAAAUCCCUAUUCGUCCAGUACAUGCAUACCUAAUUUAUAUUCGCUUCAGGAAACCAUUAUUUCCUAAAUUAUUCAUAUUUCCGAUUGUUCAGGAUUUCAUUUGUGAUGUGAAACGACAUGAAGUCGAUCUGAAGGAAGUGAAUCAUAACGGAGAAGUCUUUUUACACGAGGCCAAGGUAUGAAUUUAAUGUAGGUCGGUUAUAUUUAACGUUUUCUAUGGCGCCAAUCAUCGUGGCAAACUUCACACGCAUUGACAGUUAUGGGAUGAGCAAAUCAUACUAAAUAGUUCUGAUUCCAAGUACCACCAAACACAAGCUCAAUACAUUUUGCGAACGAUUUAGUGACUCUGUCUCUGCUAUAACUGAAUUUCGUUGUGAGUUGGCCACGAUGUGCUGGACUGUCCCACUUUGUGUUUUACGUGAAAACGCUAACUGGAUUUAACUGGAAAGUUGCUGUUUUCUCGAAUUUGUUAAUUAAGUAGUUUCGUCUAGCAUUACGUAGUGUGAUAUUGAAGUAUACAUAUGUAUGUUAGAAUUUGAUUUUCACAUGAAAUAAUUCGAACGUAUUUGCAAUUCAUUUUGAGAUAAUAAAAAAGGUUCGUAUAGUUUGGACCCAGUAGUGUAAAGUUCUGGAAAGAUAGUUGAAAUUAUGAACCAAUCUGUGAGAUGUGUUAAAAGAUGCACAGGAACAGGCACUUGUAAAUGCCAGAUAUACCUGACUUUGGGUCCAUUCACGCAUUCCUGCUAUAAAGAUCGUUCACUUUUCUACGAAGAUAUUUGUUUUGCGGUUUAUGGUGGAGAGGGGUCUUCGGGAGGAGAAGGGGGAGCCUCUUAGUUCCUCGGUGUCUCUAGUGCAACCUUGCAAAGUCUAGCUAACCGAGACGACUCAGACGUGUUCAUACCCAUUCUAUUGUCAGCAAAGUUGUGCAUGAUUUUCAAACAUUAAUUUAAAAUAUUGACGUGUGCUUAAUGUCCUUAAUAGGUUUGGGGUAUUGUGACGUCACUCACUUUAAGACACAUUGAUUUGUGUCAAAAUAUCCCAAAUGACAUGACUAAGAUCUGUUGGAUGAUUCGUUGAAUAAAACUCUGAUCAUGGCUUUGAUAAACAUCCAAAUGAAAUUUCAAAGUUGAAUUAGCUUAGUUUGACUCCUGCAGUAACAGUAUAAAGUUCAUUCAAAUUAUCUUUUUAUGGUCAGAGAAAAAUUCGUGACAUAAUUCGUCCCACCGGGCUGGCUCAUAUGGCCUUGCCCCUAGCGCGAUUUGUUGUCUCACUUAUUCACCAUUAAUAAUAAUAAUGAUAAUGAGCUUUAUUUCAACAGGGUAACACUAUCGUCUAUCGGUAAUUACACUGUUCUCCAUGACUUCCAUUUGACGCAUAUAGUUUAGGUAGAAACAUUUCCUCGGGCCUCAGACAGAAAAUUUGGAAUAGUCUGUAAUAAACUGUCUAUACUUCGUCGGCUAAGACUUUGUCAGAAAUUAUGUCUUGGGUGAAAACUAACAGCUUAAGUUGCAAAGGGUAACUUUCAAUGUUGAAUUCCAUUUGUUUUUAAUUAAUUUAAAAAUUAAAGACACUUCGAAGGUUCCAAGACUUUCCUCCGUUGGUCUAUACCAUAGUUAAACAAUCCCUUGUCUUUCACUAGAAAAGUCCAAGACAAGUACGUAUAUUUUCAAGUACUCUUUGAUUUACCUGCCAGAAUAAUAUUGUGAAAUUCAACUGGGAAUGCUAGCACUCGUCUUAUUAAUAUAUCUUUUUUAUUUCAACAUAAAGUUUGCUUUUUCGGUGAUUUCCAUUUAAAUUACUUUAGAAUUUCAACGGAAGACGCUCUUUAUCGAUUAUAAGUAGUUUCAAAGAUUUUGCAUAUGUAAUAAGCUUUAACCACACGCGGUGGCAGCCAAAACGGGGUCAGUUCCUAGUGUUUUGAAUGGUAAAGCUCGGUUAAAAAUAUCAACAAAUUUGUUUUGGCUGAGCUGUCAGUAAGAGGUAAGUAAACAGGCAUUCUAGUCAGGAAACUUGGUCGGAAAUUGCUAGGGCAAACACGAAAUCACAGCGCACUCGUACGACAUAGCCUGACUCUCGAAUAUUCUCGAUUAAGCUUGAAAAUUGUGAGUAAUACUAGUUUGUCAAAAACAUUGCAAUUUGUUGACACCCAUUCACAAACAGAAGUGAGUUGUGAGAGUGAAGAUAGAAACGAUCUCUGUUAUCUCUGGAGGGUAAAUAUCAUUUAAGUUUACUAAGUUUUGCAAUUUAAUCCCGAUUCGCUUCGCUUGUUGCUAGCUUUACUCUGUAAUUAUGUUUUGAAUUUUGUAAUCAUUUGGAAACUGUUGUGUUUUCGUCUUUGUCAUGUCGUGGUAGCCUGUUGUUUAGUUUAGAUAUUUAUUAAUUAAUAUAGGCUUGACUCCUCGCUAAAUGCUGAAUAAUGGUUGCUUUUAAUUAAAAGAAAAAAUAUUUAUGUAGCUAUACAAGUAUUCUGUAAAGGGUUUGGUGUGGUGAUUUGCAUGCUAGAUUCCUUCAUGUUAUCAGGAUAUUUUAAGAAUGUCGUAAUAAAUUUAUACUCAAUAUCAGAAUAUCUACUAGCACUAUUUGUACCAGUCAUGUUUGGAAGUUAUAAUAUGAGCUUGGAUGUUUCUAAAAAAGCUCUUGCCUUAUAUGGUGCGAGAUUUCCAGCAAACAGGAUAUAGACCUGUUUAACAAGGGUCUGGUUUUGAUUAUAUUAAAGUCAUUAAAUGAUGAGGUGAUGACGUUGUAUGUCUGAGUUUAUAGUCUACAUUCGUCGAGAAUUGAGUUAUUUUCUUUAACCAAAACUAAUUCUCCAGAAUUUCUUGAGCUACGAAACGUCAUUGUUUUUUUCGUUUUCAGUAAAGUUCAUCCCUUUUGAACUGGUCAAAAUAUAAUUAUAUUAAGGUUACGUUUCGGGAUAAGAAAAAGGUAUUGCUCUCAGCAGGGUUUUCAGUUGAGGUGUGAUUUCCUCGCGUACGUUAGUACCACAGCACGCAAAAUGUGUGAUACACACGCAAUAUAAAUAACGUUAAAUCCCCUCCAUUCCAUCUUGAAGAAUGAACAUUUUCUCACUUUGAUAACUGCUGAUUGAUCAUCACCUGCUGCACAAUAUUGCGUAGUGGAACCCUUCAUUUGUAUUUGCUGACAUUUAUUUUUCCUCCCGUGUUUAGCUCUUCCAAGUAGAACUUGAAAAUUACGUCACUGCGGUUGAGAAACCCGAGUUGCUAGAAGGAGUAGCCAAAGACGCGCAAGAGCAGUCCUGGGCACUAGAAAAUAAGCUAUCAGAUAUCAACGAACGUUAUAACAGAUUAUUAAUCUUGCUGUCUGAGAAAGGUUCCGUCUUGAAUCAGUCUUGGUUACAGCUCCGUGAUUAUCAUAUCAAAAUUAAUCAACUCCUACCGUGGUUGUCAUCUUGUGAACACAGACUCGCGCUCAUUAUGCAGACUGGAAACGAUGGCGACGAUACCAGCACUAAACUCAAAGAAUUGAAGGUAUUAUAUUUUAUAAGUCUUUAUUUCAUAAUCUUGUUAGAUCACAUGCAGCAUGCUGCUAUAUUUGAACUUGCACAAGCGCUUCCCCCUACAGGGAAAUAGUUUACUCAUUUCGCUUUCUUUCCUUUUACAUUCAUUCUGAGAGUUCAUGUCGUUUAUAAUUUAUAGCGCACGACUAUUCUCGUAAUCCAAUAUAAUUGAAUCUAAUUAACAUCUAUCGCGCAUUCCUCACGAUCAGAUAAUGUGUUUUGCGCAAGUAAUGUGUUUGGACAAGGUGUAUACCGUGCGCGUAAAUUUUCAUGCAGCUCCGAAAAUAGAUCGCAGAAAGACAACUUAACCAAACAUUUUUCAACACUUGUAUCACUCAAGACAAACGGUUGCUAUAGUAUUGGUGUGUUGCAUGUGUUCUCUGGUACAGUUGCGGUUUUUCUUGCACGUUAUCCGCCCGCACUGCAGGCGAAAUAUCCAGCUUAGUGAUCUACAUAUGCGUAGACUGGAACCUUCCUUUACGUAAGCACUCAAGAGGAGCUCUCAGAAAAUCAGUGAAGUGAUUCCUGUCAAUAAAGAUUACAACUUCUAGGAAUUUGAAUUUGUUCGAAACUUCGCAUCGAGUUUCACAAAUGUUCGUCGAAUAAUUUGCCAAUAUUGCGCAAAUUAUUACCCAAGUAUUUGCAAACAUCGUUUAUAGUAUAUUAUAUAACAUACAUCUCGUAUAUCGACCAUAUUAUUGUUCUAAUUCUAAAGUAAACCUCAAUGCGAAUUGAUUAUGAAAUAGGAGAAAACUCUUGAUAUCGAGUUACGACAAUACAUUUCAUCACCAACGACUGCAUGCUAAAAUAAACUAAAGGAUGCUUCUCAAUUAAGCGGUUCUCAUGCGCAUGGAAAGGUUUAAAUCUUUCUAAAUUUUGUAUUAGUACUAAUUACUUCAACAAAUACAUAGCAAAGCAUACAGAAAACUGCUGUUGUCGUAUUUAACUUUUUCAUAAGCAAUAUUUAAGUGGAUUUAACGUUUCCGUGUCUGUACGCACGGAUAGACAAAGUCGUGGAAAGUAGCUUAGUUAGCCUUUAGCUUUAACACCAUAACUAGUGUUAUUUUGCGUAAACAAAAAUAUUUUGUUUCAGCGGGACGGUGUUUAACUGUUAAAUGUAACACGCAAUGGACGCGUGAAAACAACUUAUACCAUCAGUAUAUUUUUAGCUAAGUAAUGCAGUACCUCGUUGAAAAUUUCAUUACAUUAGACAAGACUUUAUGUCGUGCAUUUAGCGAUAGCGAUAGCACUACAGUGUUAGCGGAAAGCAUGUAUAGUUAUUAGACCAUGUAGUCAGGCGCUGUUCACACAUCUGAACACCUGCAAAGGUGGUGCAGUUUAAAACCAGUUUCGCCAGCCGUACAGUUCAGACAAUUCAGUUGCCAGCUGUAAAUUUCUCAGGUAUACCAUCAGUGCAUUUCUGGCUAAGUAAUGCAGUGCCUCGUUGCAAAUUUCAUUAGACAAAACUGUGUGUCGAAACUUCGUGCAUUUAGCGAUAGUUAUAGCACUACAGUGAUAACAAACAUGUCUAGUUAGACGCUGUUCACACCUCUGAACACCUGCAAAGGUGGGUGUACUUUAAAACCAGUUUCGCCAGCCGUACAGUUCAGACGAUUCAGUUGCCAGCUGUACAAUUCUCAGGUUAUUCAAAUUUGAAUUACUAACAAUGUAAUCAAAUUAGAAGUAAAGAUACUUGUAUAUUUUUAUUUUUUGAACGGAUUGACCUAUCUAUACGGCAUAUUUAAAGUUUGUGGCAACUAGAUAUAGUACCAAAUAUAUUUUUGCUCGGUUUGUAAAUGUAAUUUGUUCGUAGAUUUCAUUCACAUAUACCAGCGUAGGCUGCGUAGCCAGUGAAAGCAUGUCUUCUCAAAUAUUUGUUCCUUCCCAGUCUUUAGAAGGCGAGGCCCAUGCUCAUUAUCCGGAAGUGGUUGCUGUCAAAGUUGCCGGCCAGAACCUUCCAACUUCCGGUGCUCAAGCUUCGGCCGCGUCACCAAGGAAAACUGUUCCUGAACGAUACGACGAGUUGGUGUCAACGAUGACGUCAUACGAGACUGAGCUCCAGACCUCCACGGUCACGACGAAGACGGUGAAAGAAGAUGCUAAGAAUUUACUGAAGUGGUUGGUUGAGAUUAAGAAACGGUUGGAGGGACUGAGACCUUUCCAAGAAGAUAUCGAGAUACACCAGACUAAAAUUCUUCAAUUUAAGGUACGCGAUAUUUUUCGAGACACUCCGAAAUAGCCAUCACUUAACGGAAGAGUGACAAAACGUAACAAAGCAACGGUUUUACUAACACUAGCCCUAUUCCAAACACAAAUUCUAACCAUAAUCCUUACCCUAACCUAAUCCUACUCCCAAGUUUGUUUCUAAACCAAUCUUGAAGAAAAAAGUUUUCACGAAAUGUCAUUCUGAGUUCACCGAAAUAACUUCUUCCAUACUUAACCUAGACUGCGGUGCAGACGCAAUUUCCCGCAACGUCUGCACCGCAGGCUAUACUUAACCUGGAGUUUUAUUUGAAGUGGGCAAGGCUGUAAACUGAUAGAUUCUAAACUUGUGCGCAACUCCAAACAUAACAUGUAAAUAAAAUGCCAGUGUUUGCUAGCGUAUGCAUUAAGAACGCUUUAAACGAAUACUAAUCAUAAAUUAUUUAUUGGCAGAUCAUUCAAAACGACAUCAAUCGCCAUCGCUCGAGCGUUGAGGCGAUUAACGAACUUCAUCGCAAAAAGAAAGUGAAAGCAAAAGACAUCAAACUCGAUCAGAUGAACAACAUGUGGCGAGAAGUGAUGACGUUAUCAACUACAAUGUACACCGAAAUAACCACAGUGUUUGUAAAGACGUUGAAAAAGUUUGAUGUGUGGAUCGUGACUCGUCUCAAGAGACUGGAGAGUGGAGAAUUGCUGACGAGUGAUCUGUUGGUGUUUGAGGAAAAUUUAUCGGUAUGUAUAUAUUGGGUAACCUGUAGCAAAUACCCUAACGCUACAAUGUUUGUAUUUAUGUAGUUCCUGAUGUCUGAACAACAACGACAACAAGAACGACAACAACAAUAACAACAACGACAACGACAACGACAACGACAACGACAACAACAACAACAACAACGACAACGACAACGACAACAACAACAACCACAACCACAACAACAACAACAACAACGACGACGACGACGACGACGACGACGACAACAACAACAACAACAACAAUCACAACAACAACAACAACAACAAUCAACGACAACAACGGCGACAACAACGGCGACAACAACGGCGACAACAGCAGCAACGACGACAACAGCAGCAACGACGACAACAACAGCAACAACGACGACGACAACAGCAACAACAACCGCAAUUAGUCUCUGAUACAUGUACGCUGAACGUCCCUAUUUUGUAUAUGCUGUAGAAACUUCAAAAAGAGGUCGACUCGCACGUGUCAACGGUUCAAGCAGUGAACCAAAGUGCUCACGAACUGAUCACAUUAGACAAGGACCCACGUCGCAAAGAGUCUCCAGUCGUCAGCAAUUUAGACAGCGUGAACAGAGACUGGCAGGCGUUAUCUGUACAGCUCAUGAAUGCGACCUACAAAUACAAUGAACUACGGGAACAAAUGCUGAAAUACCACACGGCAAAGAAGUCGGUUGUAUCGUGGUUUGAAUUGAUUGAAGCAAGGUUGAUCCAUUUGCCACCUUUUGGAAUCGAUCCGAAGUCGAUCAAGAAACAAAUGUCAGAACAACAGGUGCGUCUGUUGAAAGAAACGACCUCCAUAAUUUUGCCUUAGUUGCAAUCCAGUUUCAAGCACCAUAGGAUUUCUCCUUGGCCCGUACUGACAUCUAGGAAGAACCUGACCUCUAGAGAUGAUUCUUACUGGAGCUCUAGGAAGAACAGUUUAGAACUGAUAGAGCUAUCCAGUAUAAACAAAGUUAGUUUAGUUUAGGUUUCCUCCUGUAGUAACACUGGAUCAAUACGAGAUGAUUCUUACUGGACCUCUAGGAAGAACAGUUUAGAACUGAUAGAGCUAUCCAGAAUAAACAAAGUUAGUUUAGUUUAGGUUUCCUCCUGUAGUAACACUGGAUCAAUAAGAGAUGAUUCUUACUGGACCUCGAGGAAGAACAGUUUAGAACUGAUAGAGCUAUCCAGUAUAAACAAAGUUAGUUUAGUUUAGGUUUCCUCCUGUAGUAACACUGGAUCAAUAAGAGAUGAUUCUUACUGGAUCUCUAGGAAGAACAGUUUAGAACUGAUAGAGCUAUCCAGUAUAAACAAAGUUAGUUUAGUUUAGGGUUCCUCCUGUAGUAACACUGGAUCAAUAAGAGAUGAUUGUUACUGGAUCUCUAGGGAGAACUGUUUAAAACUGAUAGGGCUAUCCAGUAUAAACAAAGUUAGUUUAGUUUAGGUUUCCUCCUGUAAUAACACUGGAUAGAGCUAUCCAGUAUAAUUUAAAGGUUACUUUGUAUAUAAUACUGCAUCAACAAGCGAUACCCCUCACUGGACCUCUAGGGAGAAUAGUUUAGACCUGAUAGAGGCUAAUGAUGAAGCCAAUGUACUGAAUAUUUUUUAAUAUUUUUAUUAGUCAAUCCAAGAUGAAGCAAUAAAGUACAAAGCGAACAUCGACAUGCUGAUGGGAAUGGGCAAAGUGAUAAUCACCAUCACGGCCAAGCCUGGAGAAGAGCUUAUGAAACAGCCUGAUCUACCAAUCACACGUGACUUGCAGGCAUUAAACGAUCGUUACGAUAAUAUAUGGCGUGAUAUCGAGAAAAGAGGGAUAGACCUGGAAACUACACUAAAUAAUGCAGAUAAAUACUUCACAGCAUUGAAUGAAGCAACGACAUUUUUGGAUGAAUGCGAGAAAACAUUAGCACACCAGCCAGCCAUUGCUAAUGAUCUUCCAUCCAUCCAGAAACAACUUGUUUCUACAGAGGUCAGUGUGCUAAUAUACUUUAACUAAAACAUAAGUAGCAAAAUGUACGGUCGAUAUCUUUUUCAGGUAGUUCAGAUAAAAACACUGCAGCUUAUUGUAGAAUACGACCUACACUGGACGUUUGAGAUAUCUUUUUCAUGUAGUUCAGACACAAACAACGGCAGCUUAUUGCAGAAUACUACCUACACUGGACCACCACGUUUGAGAUAUCUUGUUCAGGUAGUUCAGACAAAAAACAUUGCAACUUAUUGUAGAAUACUACCUACACUGGACUACCACGUUUUUGAGAUAUCUUUUUCAAGUAGUUCAGACAAAAAACACUGCAACUUGUUGUAGAAUACUACCUACAUUGGACCGCCACGUUUGAGAAAUCACGUAAAAUUUGCAACGGCGUUUGUUGUUAUUUCAGAAUCUGCUUUCGAAAUUGGAGAACUUCACGCCAGUCAAAGAUGCAUGCAGCAGUGGAGAAGAUUUGAUUCGUGAUCGCGAAGAAGCACCAGGUUGCGAAGAUGUGAAGAAACAGAUUUCGUUGUUGAAAGAGAGACAGGACUCCGUCUUAGAGAGAGCUCGUGCUCGUCGAGACAGAUUGCUUGGUGCUGCUGAUAGACCUAUCUCUGAGUUCAGAAGUGAAGUGCGAAAUAUCAGUGCUUGGAUCCAGGAAUCGUGGAAUAUGAUGUCUGCAAUAUUGCGUGGUGAAGGAACCGCUGUCGGAAACCAAAGAAAAAUUGAGGUAUUUUACCGUUUGACAAUGAAAGCCAUUAAACACUUAGGACUGGGUACAUGUAUUAUAUACAUCAGCGUUUAGCUUUUUACACUUCAGUUGGUUGCAUUGAAAAUAUCAUUAGCUAUUGUUCUGUACGACCACUUGUUACCAUUUACUUUGCACUAAAGUGAUUAAAACAAAAUAUUGUAUGUUAUAGCACAAACGCUUAGCUUUUCGUGGUUAAACAAAAGUAAACCAUGGUUGCAUUGUCAAUAUUUUUAUGUUGUAGCAAAUUGACAUCGAAAACGAGAGGAUGAAGCCUAUGAUGAAAGAGAUUAGGAAGAAUGGAGAAAACCUGAUCAAGUAUAUGAACAGCAGGAACCAGAAUCCCCAAUCUGUAGUCACCAUGAUGACGAAACUAACUAAAGCUUGGGAUGAAUUUCAAGAGAAGUUGCUGUUGACUAAAGAGACUGUGAACGAAGGCAAAACUCUACCUCAAGUAAGGCUCUUGUGCUUAUGUACUAUUGACAAUAUGAGCUGUUGUAUUGGAUAUACAAACUCGAGCCGCAGACUACUAAAUAUAAUGAGUAUUUUCUAACUCCGGUAACGACAUGCUGAUGAGCAUCUGUUGAGCAACAGUUUUUAAACUUUUUAGAAGCCGAUUUACACCACACAACUUUGGCCUAAACUCAGUGUCGUAAACAACCUACUUACAACUUGAUUUGUACUGUGUAAAUCAAGCACACAACUCGUCUACGUUGUUAAACCCACCAUAGUACAAUGUUGUACUGUAUUCUGUUUCUUAAUUGUACUAUGUUGUGUUUACUUGUGCUCUGCUGGUGACUGGCAGCUGACAAGCGGCUCACUACUAUCUGCUGUGAUAUGUUAUGAAUUAUUGUUGUGUUUUUGUUCAGUAUUGUUCUUAAGACAUAAUUAUUGACUUGUACGCAGCCAAAUCAUAGAGCGAAAUUCCUGAAUAUAAAUCAUUUAUAUUAUCUUUGAUUAGGAACCAGAAUUCUUAGAAAAAGCUGUGGCCAUCGAAGCUUUCUCUGAGUUCCCCGAAGAGGACAUUGACACGGAACCUAUGGACACCAGUGAACAUGUCGAAGAAUACACGGAAGAGCAAGGACGAAAGGUGAAACGUAUCACAAAAAAGACGGUAGUCAAAACAACAACGACUAAAGGAUAUUCCUCAGUUGCUCCUGAAAAUGGCGCAGAGCCCGAAGAACAUGUCGAGGAAUUUAUUGACGAACAGGGACGUAAAGUGCGUCGAGUUACGAAACGUGUUGUCCGACGUACACAGGUACGAGAAUAUGACAUAUUUUCUACUCUAUAUUUGAUACAGACUGUGUAUUAAAUUUUGUACAAAUUUCUAUCAUUGACCCGUAGAGAACACUGCUCUCAAGAAUAUAUAGACCAUUUUUACGCUGAAAGUAAACAUUUGCGGCAGAGUGAGACUAGAUCCAUACAGCUUUUCUUUUCAGUGUUAUUAAAGAUGUCACUUUUACUCUUUUUAGGUUCCUGGAGAGGUGGAACCGUCCCGUGAAAGUGGUUUGGAAUCCCAGCCAUUCAAACUACAAGUGAAGCCACGAAACGGCUCGAAAUCUCCAGAUGUCCACGAGUACACCGAUGCCCAAGGAAGAAAAAUCGAGAGAAUUGUUAAGAAGACGAUAGGACCUCUCAGUAUGCCAGAAGAGAAAGAGCCGACGGGAACUACACAAGAAUCUGUUGAUAAAGAUGGCAUAAAAGUUACUCGAGUUAUCAAACGGACAGUGGGGCCCGCCAACGGUCACCUACCUCGCGAGGAAAAGGUUAGCCGCUUUUUAGUGACCUAAACUUCACUAAACUAACUUCAUUUUUACUGUAGAUACAGUAGCUUUAUCAGUUCUGUUUCCGUAAGGGUCUUGUGAGGGUUAUUUUGCUAGUUUUACUACAGGAAGAACUGGAGAAAUAUAUACAAACAUGAAGCACUCUUCUAUCACAUAUCAGAUAACUGCAUAUUGUAAUCGUAAUCACCUUUCGUUAGUCAAGUGAUGCUGCCAAUGUGAAAAUGAAAUUCCAAGCACAUGUGAAUCACGAUAUCUCAUUGGCUGGCAAAAAAUUAAAUUACCACGCUUCGAUUUAUACGUUUUAACUUAAAUAUCAAUACAGUAUGCAUCACUGGCGCUCUAAUAAUAUUCACCCGCUCAAAAUGAUUACUGAAAAGAAAAAAGCAGCGAUCAAUGCCUUAAAGUCGCUGGUCAUUGACCGGUGACUGGCCGUUAUUUGCAGCGCUGCAUCAUACUGUACUAUUUAAAUGACAUGACGAAAUUUGGCUUCAUUUGACAGAUUCCCACCGACCAAGAGUUCAUACCAAUUGAGUUUAAUAUCCCCAUACAAAUUGAUCAGGAAAUGGAAACGGAACCUGAGCUUCCUCAAGAGACUGUUGAAGAGUAUAUUAAUCCUCAAGGCAGAAAAAUGAAGCGAAUUAUAAAGAGGACAGUUGUGAUUCGUACAGUGAAUAUCAAUGGAAAACCCGAGAGAGUCGAGGAGCCGCAUGAGGAGGUGUACGAGGAACCUGUGGCCGACGAUGAGCAGCCUAGCGGAGACACUGUUGAUGAACGCAUUGGCGUCAUGCGAGUACAAAAACGAGUCGAGCUUCCUGAUUGGGAACCGGUUGAAAUCUCACACAGGCCUCGCCGUUAUGAACCUGACGAACUUGAUGAACCUGUUCAAGAUAAACCAGCGAAACUUGUUUUCGGUUUACGACCCACUAAACCUUUAAGUGAAGAAGUCAUCAAACCAUCGACUGUAGAUCGUUCUUUCACACAACCUGAUUUCGAUGAACUGUUUAUGCCCGACGAAGAACCGAGCAAUGCCGAUGGUAGACCCGAAGGGUUGAGUGGACCUUUUGAAUUGGGGGAACCCAAGGAAAGUACUGUCAGUGUACGCAUGCACGAUAAGGAGAAUCCGCUGAAGUUUAAGAUUACAACUGUGAAGAAAAGCCGAGUGGGUCAUGUGGAAGUUGAGCCUAGGAAGUCGAAUGAAUAUCUCAACUUUGAUGAACCGAAUAAGGUAGGCUUUGUCAGUGAUGGUUUUCGUGUAUGGUGCAUGUACUUCGCUUUAUCUUGAAAUAAUUACAGGUAGUUUGCCUCAUUAAUAUUCAGUACACGUCAGCAUGUACAAUCUACGCAUGCUCUGUUAAGACUGUCUAUUUGUGGCCGCAGUUUCUGAUCGUGCUGUUCGUGCAUAAUGUUUUAGACGGAUGAUUUUGUGGACAACGAUGGCCGUUCAGUACGUCGAGUCACCACGAAGAAACUCACAACAAGAACCGUAGUAAACGGCAACAUUGGGGAACCCCAUGAGACCACAGUUAUCCCAGGAGAUCAUCUGGAGUUCCAAAUAAGUCCCCAAGUGCAGGGGACACCUGUUGAUGUCGAGGAUAUCAAAGACAACGAGGGACAGCAAGUCACCAAGAUCACCCGCAAGACACUGGUAACGAAACAUGUGACCAAAGAUGGCGUCAAGACCGAAGUGUCUGAACCAAUCGAGCAAGAGAAAAUUACCCCUGUGUUUAUCCCCAGAGAGCCAGAUUCAACUGUAAGUGGUUAGAAAGAAUAUCUUAAAUAAUAUCAAGUCUUGUGACACGAGUGCUUCCAGUUGGUCUCUUACCCUGUAGUAACACUGGACUACUACGUGAUUACAUUCACUUGUCCUCUGGGAAAAACAGUUUAGUGUUGGCUUCCUCCUGCAAUAAUAAUGGAGCAAUAAGAGAUCGCCCUUACUCUUCAUCUAGGAAGAACAGUUUAGAACCGAUCGAGCUAUCCAGUAUAAAUAAAGUUAGUUUAGUUUAGGUUUCCUACUGUAGUAAAAAACUGGAUCAAUAAGAGAUUACUCUUACUGGACUAUUAGCAAGAAGAGUUUCGGACUGACAGAACUAUCCAGUUUAAAUAAAAUUAGUUUAGUAAGAUGACAUAUCGUUCUUCCUCCACCACCAACUGAAAAGAAUUUUGUUUACAUUUCAGGACGAACCUGAACAAGUCCACGAGUAUGUUGACGAGAAAGGCAGACGUGUGAAACGCAUUAUACGUAAAACAUACGUCACAAAAACUGUCACAAUCAAAGGACAGCAGGUGGUCGAGCAAGAGCUUGGGGAGGAGUAUCCUGAGGUAUCUGCUGACGAAUUGGAACCAAUUCUUGCAGGUAAGUUUGGACUUACUGUGGUCGUAUUCUGUGGUUGUCCUUGGCACGAAAAUUGCAUUAAAAAAUCUAGUUCGAAAACAUUCGAAAAUGAAAAUAUUUACUGGAAAAUAUUUUACUGUCUGCGUUUGAGUGCAUCUUUAGAAAGAAAAGAAUUGAGAUUUGGGUUGUUGAAACUACACGAGGCUACUGUACUAAAAACACGUCAGUAAUGUUAUGAGCUAUACUUAUUGUAAGCUUUGGCGUGCUUGUACAGUAAUUUUGAUCCUUGUUAGACAAGUACUGAUUUGUGUGUAGCACUAAUAUAAUGCUUUUCUCUUUUGUCCAUUGUAGGAAUUCCGUUUGAAAGUUUACCCAUUGAUGAAGGAACUCCGGUUGAAGAAUUUACUGACGACCGAGGCAGGCUGGUUAGAGUUAUCAUUGUUCGAACAGUGGUGACCAGAACAACAACCAAGGAUGGUGAAAAAACCGUGACCACAGAACCUAAAGAAAUAGUGAUAUACCUUAUUGGUGGAAAACCUGUCAAACCCGAAUCCAUUAUGGUGAAUGGCCAGCCUAUUGAACCAAAGAAACCACAGGAUAUAGUACCAGCAUUGACAGAGUUUAUCACACCACUUGAGGAAAUUCCUGUUGAAACUGUACCAUUGGAUGAAAAUGUACCAUUCGACCAAAGUGUACCAGUGGAAGAAUUCACAGAUGACCAAGGCAGAGUGGUGAGGGUGGUGAUUGUUCGAACAAUAGUGACCAGAACUGUCAUCAGAAAUGGUGAAAAGACUGUGACCAGGGAACCAAAAGAAGAAGUGGUGUAUAUCAUUGAUGGUAAGCCAGUGGAACCAGAAACCAUUACUGUUGACGGUAAACCAGUUGAAGCGAAGAAGCCAGAGGACAUUGUACCAUUCAUAUCAGAAUUUGUCACACCAAAGGAACAAGCACCAGUUGAGAGUUUACCAUUUGAUGAAAGUGUACCAUUCGAUCAAGGAAUACCACUUGAAGAGUUUACAGAUGAUCAAGGCAGAGUGGUUAGAGUGAUCAUUGUCAAAACAAUAGUCACCAGAACUGUCAUCAGGAAUGGUGUCAAGACAGUGACCAGAGAACCUACAGAGGAAGUGAUGUAUGUCAUUGAUGGUAAGCCAGUGGAACCCGAAACCAUCGUUCUCCAUGGCAAGCCUGUUGAACGAAAGAAACCGGAGGAUCUUCUACCAGCAGUUGCUGAGGGUGUAACACCCCUAGAGGAAGUGCCAAUUGAAAGUUUACCAUUCGAUCAAGGAGUUCCAGUUGACGAAUUUACUGAUGACCAGGGCAGAGUGGUGAGAGUCAUAAUUGUUCGUACCAUUGUCACCAGAACAGUCAUCAGAAAUGAUGAGAAGACUGUGACCAGGGAGCCAAAAGAAGAAGUUGUGUAUCUCAUAGAUGGUCGACCUGUUGAACCUCAAACUAUCAUACUUCAUGGUAAGCCUGUGGAGGCCAAGACACCAGAAGAACUGUUACCUUCUAUCGCCGAGGGUCAAGUACCACUGGAGGAUGUUCCAUUUGAAAUUGUACCAUUCGAUCAAGGAACACCAGUGGAAGAGUUCACAGAUGACCAAGGAAGGGUGGUUAAAAUUAUCAUUGUCAGAACAAUAGUUACCAGAACUGUCAUCAGAAAUGGUGUAAAGACAGUAACCAGGGAACCUAAAGAAGAGGUGGUGUAUAUCAUUGAUGGUAAGCCAGUGGAACCAGAAACCAUUACUGUUGAUGGUAAACCUGUUGAAGCAAAGAAGCCAGAGGACAUUGUACCAUUCAUAUCAGAAUUUGUCACACCAGACGAACAAGCACCAGUUGAGAGUCUACCAUUUGAUGAAAAUGUACCAUUCGAUCAAGGAACACCAGUAGAAGAAUUCACAGAUGACCAAGGCAGGGUGGUUAAAAUUAUCAUUGUCAGAACAAUAGUGACCAGAACUGUCAUCAGAAAUGGUGAAAAGACUGUGACCAGAGAACCAAAAGAAGAAGUGGUGUAUAUCAUUGAUGGUAAGCCAGUGGAACCAGAAACCAUUACUGUUGACGGUAAAGCUGUUGAAGCGAAGAAACCAAAGGACAUUGUACCAUUCAUAUCAGAAUUUGUCACACCAGAGGAACAAGCACCAGUUGAGAGUUUACCAUUUGAUGAAAUUGUACCAUUCGAUCAAGGAACACCAGUGGAAGAGUUCACAGAUGACCAAGGAAGGGUGGUUAGAGUGAUCAUUGUCAGAACAAUAGUGACCAGAACUGUCAUCAGAAAUGGUGAAAAGACUGUAAUCAGAGAACCAAAAGAAGAAGUGGUGUAUAUUAUUGAUGGUAAGCCAGUGGAACCAGAAACCAUUACUGUUGACGGUAAAGCUGUUGAAGCAAAGAAGCCAGAGGACAUUGUACCAUUUAUAUCAGAAUUUGUCACACCAGAAGAACAAGCACCAGUUGAGAGUCUACCAUUUGAUGAAAAUGUACCAUUUGAUCAAGGAACACCAGUAGAAGAAUUCACAGAUGACCAAGGCAGGGUGGUUAAAAUUAUCAUUGUCAGAACAAUAGUGACAAGAACUGUCAUCAGAAAUGGUGAAAAGACUGUAACCAGAGAACCAAAAGAAGAAGUGGUGUAUAUCAUUGAUGGUAAGCCAGUGGAACCAGAAACCAUUACUGUUGACGGUAAACCUGUUGAAGCAAAGAAGCCAGAGGACAUUGUACCAUUCAUAUCAGAAUUUGUCACACCAGAAGAACAAGCACCAGUUGAGAGUCUACCAUUUGAUGAAAAUGUACCAUUCGAUCAAGGAACACCAGUAGAAGAAUUCACAGAUGACCAAGGCAGAGUGGUGAGGGUGGUGAUUGUCAGAACAAUAGUGACCAGAACUGUCAUCAGAAAUGGUGAAAAGACUGUAACCAGAGAACCAAAAGAAGAAGUGGUGUAUAUCAUUGAUGGUAGUCCAGUGGAACCAGGAACCAUUACUGUUGAUGGUAAACCAGUUGAAGCAAAGAAUCCAGAGGACAUUGUACCAUUCAUAUCAGAAUUUGUCACACCAGAGGAACAAGCACCAGUUGAGAGUCUACCAUUUGAUGAAAAUGUACCAUUCGAUCAAGGAACACCAGUUGAAGAGUUCACAGAUGACCAAGGAAGGGUGGUUAAAAUUAUCAUUGUCAGAACAAUAGUGACCAGAACUGUCAUCAGAAAUGGUGAAAAGACUGUGACCAAAGAACCAAAAGAAGAAGUGGUGUAUAUCAUUGAUGGUAAGCCAGUGGAACCAGAAACCAUUACUGUUGAUGAUAAACCAGUUGAAGCAAAGAAGCCAGAGGACAUUGUACCAUUCAUAUCAGAAUUUGUAACACCAGAAGAACAAGCACCAGUUGAGAGUAUACCAUUUGAUGAAAGUGUACCAUUCGAUCAAGGGACUCCUGUUGAAGAGUUUACAGAUGACCAAGGCAGAGUGGUGAGGGUGGUGAUUGUCAGAACAAUAGUCACCAGAACUGUUAUCAGGAAUGGUGUAAAGACAGUCACCAGAGAGCCCAAACAAGAGGCUGUUUACGUUAUUGAUGGUAGACCAAUUGAACCAGAAAACAUCAUGGUGGAUGGAAAACCGAUUGAGCACAAGGCACCAGAAGAAUACGCCAUACCAGUGGAACAUAUUCCAAUUGAAUUCGUGGUUGGUGAAGAACAGGAGCCCAGCAAACCUGCGAUUGAUGAACUGAGAGAAUUAAGUAAAGUGUUGGAUGAGAAUGUCAUCGAUAUACCUGUGACUGUUGAACCUGUGGAAGGCGCUCCAUCUGUCACCACCGUGCAAUUUGAAGAACGCUUCCUUCAAGAGGUACGUAAUCACAUUUUGUUCAUUUUUAUCUAUGUCGAAUAGUCUAUCUUCCAAAUUCGUCAUUUGUAAGUUUGCACUGUAGCUGUGUUAAUUCUCAACUGUCCAGGCUAUCCCUCUUUGAUCGGAAUCGAAAAAUACGGUGUUUGAUCGAGUCAAACGAAAAGCGCUCUUGUGAAGUGAGUGAUUAUCAGACAAUAGCAUGCGGAAGAAAUUUAACACCAGAAAGUUGCCGAUUGAAAGGGAUUCGACUACCUGAAAAAUACAAGCAAAACUGCGACGAAGGACUUCGCUUGGAAUGUCGAAAUUUUAGUUGUAUUUUUCAAGUGUUUAAAUCCCUCUCAUUACGCAGACCAUUUACCACGUUGUACCCUGUCACAGAGGAAGUACAUACAGAGAUCUCACUUCAGGUUAAUUUCGCGUAAGGGAUUUUUUCAGUCCGCCAUGUUCUUAGCAAGUGCCCUAAAGAGAGGCAGUCACCCUCCUGAAAACAUGUUGAAAAUUUAAUAUUCCAGGGGAGGUGAAUGCCUCUCUUUAGGGCACUUACGGUGCGCCUUACGAAAAAAAGGGCACUUACGGUGCGCCUAAAAGCGCCUUACGGUUUUGUAAUGUAAGUUACACUUCUGUAUGUCUUUAUUCUGUGACCCUGUCUUUAUAGGACUACAGAGUUAUAAACUUCACCAAAGCAACAAUUGAAAGAGAUGUCCCGUUAGAGAGCGUCAUGGAUCAAGCGGUUGCUGAGCUUGCAGAGACCACUCAGGAACGUCCUGAGAUGAUGUUAAUUGCGCCAUCCGCUGAACAACAUGAUCGUGUCGUCCGACGUGUGAUCAUCACCUCUGUGGUCGAGACGUACUCAGUCGUCAUCAUCCGGGAAAUUUACCUCCGCGUCAUUCACGGAAAUUCUCUGCUUGCUCAGAAGAUUUUCGACAGUGGAGAGUUGAGCGUUCUUUAUGAAGAGGUUUUGAAGUGGAUGAUGGAAAUCGGAAAGAAAUUGGAUACUCUCAAACCCGUGUCUGGAGAGAUGGAUAUUUUGAAAGAACAAGACAGCGGAAUGAAGGUACUGUAUUGCGUUUAUUGAGUUUCUCAUUCAUUGAUGAGGGGAUUUCCCAACAGGCUAUUGCUCAAUUGGUAGGGGAUCCGAGGUAACUACGUUUUAACGUCCUUAUCCCAGAAGACGCGAAAGUCUAACCAUUUACUGAUGUCAAUGUAAAGGUAGCUCUUUCUCCUCAGAUAUUUUAAGACCUUAAGUAGAGGUCCAACCAAGGAUUGACCCCAGGUCUCCCAGCUUGAAAGGCAAGCGUGGUGAGCACGACACCACAAGGGCUUUUGUAGACUUUAACGGCAGAGUAUCCGAGUUUGGAGGUAGGUGCCGUUGGUGGCCAAGGCUAGUCGGCGAUCUAGCCUUGUCAGGCAAAUGACCGCAAUGGCAAACAUUAGGCAAAACACUGGCAAACAUUUAUGGCAAACUGGCAAACAGCAAUGGCAAACAGCAAUGGCAAACAGCAAAAAACGUAAUAAUAAGGCUAAUUAUAGUAGCAAUAGGAGAUUUGCCAUGACAAUUCUGCCAAGGCAGACCUCCGGCACCUGUCACACUGAUGAUCAGUGGAAAAAAAGACGCAUUCUAUAGUAGUCUAUAGAUUGUAUCCUGUAAAGAAAAAUAAAUAACCCCCCCCCCCAAAAAAAAACAAACCCACCAAAACAACAAAAAACUAAAACAAAACUAAAGAAAUUAACCCGAGUAUCAACAAACAUUAACCAGGGUGGGGGCGAAGGGGAACAGAGCGAAAGAGCAGUUGUAGCUGGCUAGCCAAGCUGUAGCAAAGUGACGGAUGCGCGAUAAUUGCAACUGUUCUAAGUGACGUCAGGGGCUCCCCGCUGCUAGAUACAUCUGCCGUUAACUUCGCUUAAAUCUACGUUUAACCACAUUAAAACAGUUAUUGGAUGGGGUUUUUGUGAUAUUCCGAAUUAUAUCAAGGUCUCGGGACGUAUUAUUAAUAAUAGCACUUACUUCGACCUUGAUAAUUCUGGAUAUCACAAAAACCCCAUCCAAUAACUGUUUCUUAUUACUAGUAUGUACAGUACCUCAGGAGUAUUGUCAUCUGUGACAUGAAAUAUUUUUGACAAUCUUCUUUCACCUUUUUUAAAGAUCAACGCGGCUUCUCCUGAUUCAAAGUCGUCUUUUCCUAAAAUAAGAAACUCGUAA